AUGGUUCUCCAACGCCUCCUGGUGAACCGGCUCUUCAACAAGGCAGAGAAGUGCGCCUUCGAUGACUCUUCGGUGGAGUUUCUCGGCCUGAUCGUGGAGGGUGGAGCCACCAGACCUGACCACCACAACAUCCAGGCCGUUGUGGAUAGGCCCUUGCCGACCACACGGAAACGGCUCCAGAGCUUCCUUGGCUUCGCCAAUUUCUAUCGGCAGUUCAUCCGGAACUACAACCAGGUCACUGCUCCACUCACCCAGCUCACCUCCACUCUCCGCCCUUUCAUCUGGUCCUCCGCCGCCGCCCAUGCCUUCACCAACCUCAAGCAACGGUUCACUGCAGCCCCGAUCCUCCUUCACCCUGAUCCUGCCAGGCAGUUCAUUGUGGAGGUGGACGCCUCUGACACAGGCAUUGGGGCCGUCUUGUCCCAGCGGCCUGCGGAGGAUCAGAAGCUCCACACCCCGAUGCGUUUUUCUCUCGCCGCUACCUCCCUGCUGAGGCCAACUAUGACAUCGGCAACAGGGAGCUGCUGGCUGUAG